AUUACCAAGUGUUUCAAAUUGCCUUGAUAAUAGAAAAUGAUAAUGGAAUGUUUAAAACAAUAUUUAUUACAAAAAUAUUUCAAGUGAUAACUGUCUUUUAUUGCAUUUUACACAACAGACACACUUUGUUUGUUCUGAGGCGUGUGAUUGUGUAAAUAUUUUACGUGGCAAAAAUUUGCAAGCGUGUUCAGAAGUGCUACGAUGGGAACCAGCUAUGAACCAGGCUCUCCCAGUAACACUGAGCACACACCUCAAAAGCACCGACACCUUUGCUCAUUUUUAUUACCUGUCAAAAUUUGUACAUCUUCCACGGAGCGCAGGCUCAGCUCAGUUCCCACGCCGCUCACCAAUAAACACCUCAGUGUAUGAGAAAGUCUGCCUGAUUUCACAUAUAGUUUCUAUUUUCAUCACUUUGUUGUGAUGAGUGAUUAGUAAUUCAAAUUGUUGUGGUUAAUCAGGUCAUGAGGGCACAGGGCAAUUUAGUUUUUGAAAUAGUUUUGGGUUGCCUUGCAAAAGUCUGCGUGCUACUUUCGUCUAAAAAUACAUAAAAAUAACUUGAUCAGAAAAUAUACCGGUCGGACAGCUGUCUCACGUUAAUGUGACUGUAGAUUUUAGAAGAGAUAAACAUGAAAUGCCUUCCAAAGUCUCAUGAUCAUUUCCUUCUCCCCACUGACACAAUGAAUGGACAAUUAAGUGCACUUCCCUGUAUGGAAAAACUACAAUACGCGCAUUGACUGCACAUUCUGUGUCCAUACAUUGAAAUGCAAACACGGCGAGUGUCCGCACGCGCGUGCAUUAUUCAUAGGCGCGAGGUUGCCACGCGUCCAGCAAAAUUUGCAAGGAGUUCAAUCCCUUCCCCCUGAUGGUUAACCCCUUUCGUUAGACCCAGAUGUUGCCCUUGUGCCUUUUGUGCAAAACAAACUUAAAUCAAAAGGAAAAUAUGCAAACUUUCAACAAGCGUAUCUAAAUUAGAUGUUUACGCACGAGUACAUUGCACAGUUUAUUUUUUUAUUUUUCUUAAAAGGCACUUGUAGUUACACGUAUAUACAAUAAUUUGUUAACUACAAUUUCAAUUUGUUUUUUUUUAUAAAUCUGUAGCCUACAUUUACAUGCAGGAGAGCGCAUGGCUCUUUUGAGUUGCUUUAAAACGCUGCGCGCCUGUGAGCUCUCUUUAAAUAUUAACAUGAAUGUUAAAUAAAAAUCUACAUAGCCCACUGUGUAUGGGACUUUGAAAGAAAGUAAAAUAGCAGCACUCCCCUUGUUGUUAUUUUAAUAGGAUCUGUCUCGCCAGAGACGCGUGCCGUGGGCUAUUGAUAUGCAAUGGUAUCUCACCUUUGUUAUGCACACGUGCCCACGGAAGUCCAUGUGUCAACGCGUGUGCCCUCAAAACUUUGAUCUAAGAUUGUGCUGCCUGAACGUCUUAAACCAAUUCAAUGCAUAUAAUAUUAGCUAAAUACAGAAACAGAUCAUCAAAUGUGAUUUAAAAGAACGUCGUGGGAAAUGUGAUGUAGCCUACUAUUAUCAUGUCCAUAUCCAUUAUUUAGUUUAUGGCAUAAAGUAGGCUAAGCUUAUUUCUUAAUAUUAAUUGUUUAUAUUUAAUUAUUAAAACAUAUAUUAUUAUUAAUAACUUUGUAGUGUUUUUGUUGUUAAGCUUUUAAUAUAUAAAAAUACAAAUUAGAUAUAGUGCCGAUAAUAGCAGUUUAAGGAGUGGUCUGUUGUCAACAAUGGGCGUGGUUUGUGACGCCAUUCUUGAAAGCAUAUAAAACCGGUGCUCUACUGCAGACCUGCAUCUUACAAUUGUCUGUAGCCUAUACUGCGUGACGAAGCCUCUUCCAGCAUACCUAAUACAAAACCUUCCUGGAUCUUUAUUGGAUUGUAUCAUUAUUGAUAAACACUUGGAAGUACAAUGAAAGUGCUUGGAGAGCCUGGGAACAUGAAAAUGGAUAGAAAGCUGUUAAAGCCACAGGUAGAAAGACGAAGAAGAGAGAGGAUGAAUCAUAGUCUGGAGAACCUGAGAACUUUACUGCUGCAAGGUCCUGAGCACAAUAGCCCCAAUCAGCGAAGGAUGGAGAAGGCAGAGAUCCUGGAAUACACUGUCCUCUUCUUGCAAAAGACUAUCCAAGACAGGGCCAAGAAAGCAAAAGAUGAAGAAGAAACAGAAAAGCAUCAGUUCAUGGAUGGCUUCUCUACUUGUCUUCAGAAAGCUUCCCGUUUUCUGUUAGAUGAAGGUGAGGGUCGUGGGAUUGAGGGUUCAGUAACAGCCGCACUCUGUCAACGGCUGACACAUCCCUGUGUGCCCACCCACAUCAGACUGCCUGUCAGAGUCCAGAAGUCCUCCAGAGCGAAAGUUCCCGAUUCACAUCCACAGCAUCAUCUGCAGCAGACAUCUGUCUGCAAACAUGAACUUUCUCCGGUUCGCAAGCACGUUGUGUUACACCAGAAGAGGAUUCCUCUUAGAAGCACAAAGUCCAAUACACUGCAGUGUCAAAACACACAUACAGCAGCCCAGUCGACAUCUCAACACCAAGCUCCUGUCAGUCAAUCUGUUUGGAGACCUUGGCCUUAAAAUACUUUUUAAAGAAAUGUACAGAGAAAUGGACUCAAAUACUGGGGCUUGUGUAAUAAUCAGACAUGGUUUAUCUCUUUUAUAACAGGAGAUAUAUGUCUAUAUCUAUUUUCUUAAUGUGUAAUGAUUUCAUGAUCUGACACCACAUUGAAAAUGUAAAAUGUGUACAUAGUGUAUGAUAAAUGAUGGCAAUAUAUUUUUACACAGAUGUAUUUUUUUCUCUUUUUUUGCAUGAUCUGUACUGGGUGUAUGAUCUGUAAUGCAUAGCUUAUGUAUGUAUUUAUCUAUUUUGCACAUUAAUUUAUUCAUAUCAUUCCCUUUUAUGGUCAUAUAUAUAUAGCUGUAUAUUGCAGGUACUGAAACAAAUACAUUCCAUCAUUAAA